AUGGGCUCUGAAUUCCCUCCCCUGCCCCAGGCCCAGAGCCUUGGGGUUCAGGUCACAGGUGUAGCGCUCCAGAGUGAGGCAGAGAGUCUGUUCACCUCACUUCUGGGUGGUUCUUCUGCUGCUGGGGCGACCGUGACCAAUUAUGCGAGCACGGUCGUGGAGGACGGAGACCUGGUCAUUGAAUACAUCAACGAUCACGGUGGCCCGCCCUCGAAGACCACCAUUCAUCGGUGGCAGGUGAAUAGUAAGGACCUAAUACAAUCCAGUCCUUACUUCCGAGCAUUGCUUGAUCCAAGCAAGUUCGCAGAAGGCAGACAAUUCCACAACCAACAGAAGGCCUUUGAAUCAUUUUCCGCCUCAUCCUCGCCUGACGCGAUGGCCACUGACGACGAAGCUGAGGUCCCAGUCGUUCAAAUCCCCACGGAUGAGACCACUCGAUUCGUUGGCGUGGAUGUUUUGGAGAUGUUCUUCCGCAUCCUCUGUAUGGAUUCGCUUACAAGCGAAGACCGUCAUUCCUUCCAGAAUGAACUACGAUUAUUGUCUCCCGCGCCGAUCGCUAAGCUCAUUGAAAUCGCCGAUCGGUUUAACUCGCCCGAGGUGGUACGGAAAGCACUUCACAACAUCAACUAUCGCUUUGGCAACAAGCGCCCCGCCUUCUUCGCUCAGUUUCGGGCGUGGGAUUGGAAGACAGUGGCUGAGGAUCGCAUACGGCAAUAUAUCUAUAUUUCCCUGUUUCUCACGCUGUGCAACUGCAUCCAGGUCAGCUCGCAUGCCUUGGUAGUUAAAGGCUCUCAGUCCUGGGUCGACGGUGGUCCAGAACAGCCCGCCCCAACUUGUGGGCGAUGGCGCUAUCUUCCUGAUGGUGUUGAAGAGGAGUUGUAUUACCGCCGUCAAUGUGUCAUGAACACAAUCACUGAUUUGCAAGCGCACUUCCUUCGCCUCUAUAGAGCCCUCGAAGACCCUAGUCCUCCUAAGCACCUGUAUACAACUGCACCACUCAUGACUACAUCUACACAUCCCAUUCAAUGCCGUGGAGGCCUAAGCAACUCCCGAGAAUGCGAUAUUUUCCAGCUUGGCCAAAUGAUACGCUUCUUCUCUAUGCGGUCUAAGACCAUGUUUUUAGGGUCUACUCUCCUCGACCCAGAGUUCGACAUUGAGAACCACCAAGAUGGGCAGACAAAUACCACACCACCGUCAGAUAUCACCAGAAUCAUCGCUUCUCUCAAGCAAUACCCAGAUUACCAGAUCGACACCAACCACUCCGGCUGCGGCAUCCGACGUCGCUUCCUCCCAGCCCUCGAAUGUAUCGAGAAGUACAUACUGGAUGGCCGUGGUCUGCUAGGCAUCAACCUGUCUCCCAUAUCCCAGCAUCAAAUGUCAAAAGAAGUGUCAUGGUCAUAUUCAGCUUCUACUUGGACUCACGAAGCCAAGAUUUCCCAACAGGGACUUGUUGGUGUCCGGCACUUGUUUUUCAGCAAUACCAUACCCGCAGCGCCACCUGAGCACAUAUGCGAGGAUGCCGGACGCAUGGUUUUCUCAGCCAAGAAACGAAUUUGGGAGGCCUGA